CGGCAUGGAGGGCGCGGAGGAGCCCGAGGGGUUCGUGCUGGGGCGGCUGGAGCAGGAGGCGCUGAAGCGGCGGGAGCGGCUGAAGGCCCUGAGGCAGCGCACGCUGCAGAACAAGGAGGGUGGAGAACCUGAACCCAAAAUUCCCAGAGAAGAUGAGGAAGAGGAGCCAGUCAAGCACAGGAAUUCCAGCUGCGAUCCCUGAUCCAAAUUCUCUCUGGAGCUGUGAAAAACUCGGAUCCUUUGGAUUUUUGUGCGGACCAGGAAGCGGAGCCGCUGCUCCACCUUUCCCAGGAAAAGGGUGUGGGAGGAUUUCGGCCUUUCCGCCCCAUUCCCGCGGGGUAAAACGCUGGAUUUGGGAAUCAGGGACCUGCUGGAGCCUGGAAUUCCCGUCCCGCAGCUCCGAGCCUCGGAAUUGGGCUCCUUGUGCUCGUCAGAGGGAGAUCAAGCUGCGGAAUUACGACCCCGAGGAUGAGGAGCUGAAGAAGAGGAAGCUGCCCCCAGCCAAACCUGCCUCAGUGGAGGACACGGUGAAGGAGCAGCUGGAAGCGGCCAAGCCGGAGCCAAUCAUCGAUGAGGUGGAUUUGGCGAACUUGGCUCCCAGGAAACCUGACUGGGAUUUGAAGCGGGAUGUGUCCAAGAAGCUGGAAAAGCUGGAGAAGAGGACCCAGAGAGCCAUCGCGGAGCUGAUCCGAGAGCGUUUGAAAGGGCAGGAGGGGGAGCUGGCGUCGGCUGUGGGAUCAGCAAAGCAGGAGGGAAGCGACUCCGACUGAGGAGAAUCCAUCAGGAACGGGCUCUGGAUCUGCCUCACACCGACCCUGUGUCCCUCAGUCCCUCCCUGCUCGGGACUGCUCAUCCCUCUUCCCAAACUUCCCCAGUCCUGCUGUGCCUGGAGGAGAGGCAGAUCCAAGGAGCCUGGCUGGCUGCUGAGGAACUUCCAUGGAAAACUUUCUGGGAUUGUGGGGGCUUGAUGGGAGCAGGACAGAUCCCCCCCCAGUUAGCUGGAACUUCCUUGGAGCAAGGAAAAGUGGGAAACUCCAGGCUGGGGCCGGAAAGGUCAAUCCAGACUGGCUGGGAAAGGAGGGAGAUGCCAGCAGCCCUUGGAAAAGCAGGAUCAUUUCCCAGGGAUUGGUGCUCCUGUUGCUGUGCAGACACUCCUUGAGGCUCUGAGUGUUUGGGAAUAUCCAUGGCCAGCCCCGGAAUCCCUGUGGGAAGGGGCAGGAACGACUCCCCCAGUGUGGCUCGGGAAUCGUUGGCUGCUCUGCAUCCGACCGAGUUUAAUGUGGAAUUUGCUUUGCUCCUGAAUUUCCUGACCCUCCAGGAGCGUGUCCCGCUCCUCCUCUUGGGUUUUUUUUUUUUAUUGUUAAUGAAUCUUUUCCUAAUAAAACAAUUCCAUGUGGAAAAA